CACUACUCCUAUCACUUUUAUUCCCAUUACUCCCGCGGUCAUUGCUGUUCCCGCUCCCGGCCCGGUUGCCCCCGGCAUGGCCUGGGCGCUGUUCUCGGGGCGGGCGCUGCUGGCGCGGCGCUCCGAGCGCCGCCUGGACACGGAGCGGGAGCUGCGCGCGGCGCUGGAGAACCGCGUGCUGCUGCUGCUCUUCGCGGCGCGCCGCUGCCCGCGCUGCCGCGAGUUCGAGCCCCGCCUGCGCCGCUUCUGGCGCCGCCUCACCGACCCCGCGCACGUGGAGCGGCCCGAGCAGCUCGGCCUGGUCUACGUGGGGAGGGACAGGUACGAGCAGGAGCACCGCGCCUACCUGAGGGACAUGCCCCGCACCUGGAUGGCGCUGCCCUACGGGGAUGACUUCGGCAGGGAGCUGGAGCGCCGUUUCGGGGUCUCGGAGCUGCCGGCCGUGGUGGUGCUGGCCCCGAGCGGGGCCGUGCUGGUGCCGGACGCCGUGCCGGAGAUCCGGGAUUCGGGAGCCGCCUGCUUCCACGGCUGGCGCCAGGCGGCCGAGCUGCUGGACCGCAACUUCCAGGAGCGCCAGGAGCCCGCGGGAUUCGCGCCCCGCAGCCUCACCGAGCCCCUGCGGCGCCGCAAGUACCGCCCGCAGCCCCGCGGCGACGAGGAGGAGGAGGAGGAGGAAGGGCAGCGGCAGUAGAGGCUGCAGCCCAGAUCCCGGAAAAGAGGGGGAAGAGAGGAGGAGGAAGAGGAGGAAGAGGAGGAAGAGGA